AUGGCUAUGUCAAUUGCACCAUCAGGCCCUCCAAAAAAGCGAGGAAGUGCUGGAAGCGUUUACAGGAUGGCAGGCAGAAGAACUUCAGGCUUUGCUGGCUUUUCUCGCAAGAACAAGAACUCAAAAGCUCAGCAGGAAUCAGAGGAGUUUAUCUAUAAAAGAAGAAAAAUCGAUGCAAGCCCAUUUGAUAUUUUGACCACUGGAGAAAAAGCUGACAUUUUCAGAGAUCUUAUUGACAUAGAAAGCGAACUUGACAUGCAAAUAGUCGAAGAAAGGAAAAGAAUGCAGCAAUUGCUGACUAUGCCAGCACAAAUGCUUAAGGGUGUGCUUAGAGUCCAUAUCUAUAACACAAGUUCAAAACAGCAGGGAAGAGAGGAUCAGCCAGCUUGAAAUCUCAGGCUUCAGGGAAGACUGAUUUCUCCAGAUCUUCGAGGACUCUACGGUAAGCCCAACGCUCUUCCUGGCUACGUUCCAAAAUUUUCCUCAUUUUUCAAGAUGAUCCAAAUUUUUCUGCCAAACAACGAGAAGUUGGAGUGGCAGAAGCAGCAGCUUCCAAGAGAGACAGAUGGAAUUGAAAUAAAAAGAGUAGGCACUGGAGAUAGUGAAGUAAGAAUUGUGCUUCACUUAGACAACAAGCCACCAAGGUACAAGCUUUCUGACCAGCUGGCCGAGUUCCUUGGGACAAAUGAAGAGACGCAAGAAAAUAUCCUUUACGCUUUAUGGGAGUACAUUAAAAAAUACAAGCUGCAGGAUUCAGAAGAAAAGCGAUUUAUUAAUAAUGAUGCCGCGCUGAAUGAGAUCUUCAAAGAAGAAAGAACAGACAUCGCUACAAUCCUCCUUAAAAUCAAAAAGCAUUUGGUAGAGUCUGAACCAAUUGAGAUAAAGCAUCAAUUGAAGAUCGGAGGAGACUGGACUGAGACUGAGCACAUUUAUGACAUCGCAGUUACCUUUGAAGACCCUCUCCAGUAUGAAAUGACUUCACUACUAAAAGAAAGCUCUUCAGUGAUCUUUUCUGAAAACGCAUUUACGAAUUACAUUCCUGCCCUCAGGUCAGCUAGCUCUUUCUUAAAUAGCGAGCAAGAUUUCUUAAUCAGCCUUGGAGCUUUUGAGAUUAUUUUUAAGUGACUAAUUUUCUGAAAUUUAAUAGAAUUAGCAGAAUAAUCAUUAUAGUAUAUAUUAAUUAUAUAUCUUAUAUUUUAGACCAAAAAAUUGUAGAAAGCUUUUUGAUGCUCUUAAAAGGGUUUAAUUUUCCGAAAACUAGGAAUUUUUCCAAAAGCUUUUACUUGCUUUUAAGGUGAGAUUAAGGGAAUGGACAUACCAAAGAACCCAAUCGAGCAGCCAAUUGAAGAUCUGAAUAAACAAAUUUCUUCUUUGAAGGACGAGCUAGACAAAUACCAGAAAAGGAAGGAUUUCUGCUGUGAAUUCUUAAGCAAUCCAAAGAACUGUAUUGAGAAGGUCAUUUCUGAUCAAGAGUUCCAUAUGCAAGUGCUGCAAAAUCUUGAGAAGUAUGAUGAAAUUAACCAGGAAAUUGUAAAAGAAGAAAAAUCAGCUCAAUUCUAUAGGCAGUAUUGGGUGAAAGAUCUAGUAGAUAGAUAUGUUGAAAUUAAUAAGUAA